CCAACUAGACUACAACGGAAUCGUGUUUUCUUUUUACAAUAUCAUCUAUUAGUUUUCUAGUAAGAUAAAAAUUUCGUACACUGUGAAAGAUUUGGGUUUCCGUGACAACAAUCUUCAUUUUAUCUGAAUCUCAAACUUGAUACAGCGGCAUCACUUUCCAUCCAAAAAACAUGACAAAGAGAACGAAGAAGGCAGGCAUUGUUGGAAAGUAUGGUACCCGAUAUGGUGCUAGUCUGCGGAAGCAAAUUAAGAAGAUGGAAGUUAGUCAACAUAGCAAAUUUUUCUGCGAAUUUUGUGGAAAGUAUGCAGUGAAAAGGAAGGCUGUAGGAAUAUGGGGAUGCAAGGAUUGUGGAAAAGUGAAAGCAGGGGGUGCCUACACUUUGAAUACUGCAAGUGCUGUGACUGUGAGGAGUACCAUCCGAAGGUUGAGGGAACAAACCGAGAGUUGAGCUUUUUGGUUGCUAUAAAUGUAACCUUAAAGAUUUUGGUCAAUUAUUUUUCCAGAUAGGUAAAUGUUAAGAUUUUGAUCGAUUGACUUGAUAAAUUACUGUGUUCAGAGGGAUUUGUGUUGCUGAAAUGCACUGUGAUCUGAAUUCUGUUAACAAAAAAAUAGCGCAACUCGAUUGCUUGGAUC